AUGGCCUCGACAGCAGUCGUCUGUGAGCUGAAUUGCUUCGAAUCGCGAAAUACUCGUUGCAAAUCUGACGCUGAACUGUGCAAUCUCUUCUUUGCUAGCCGGGCCACCCCCGGGGCUCGGUCUGUCGCCUGUGCCGCAGACUCUAGGCAAGCAUGCAAGCGCAACUUCUCGCGCGACCCCUGUCGCCCAAGAUGUCCGUGAGAGGACUGUCCAGCCAUACUCCACGACGCUGCUGCUAUCUCUCAGCAAGAGUCCGCUAGUCACAUUGCCGGCUGGCAUGCCAUCGCUCAAAGAGUGGUACGGGUGCGUCACGAACCAUUGUUGGAUGCAAGCCAAAUGCUCUGCGGGCCAUACGAGCUAACAGGCUUCAUCGUACUUGACGACGUUUGCAGGGACUGGGAACCUUAUACACCGCGGUCGACUCAUGGCUCCCAUGGCUAUCCGGGUGGCCAGAACAUAGGUCAAGGUGGAGGCAGAGAGGGCAGGGAACACGGUCACUAUGCUCGAGGCGAGCGAGGAGACAGAGCUGAUCGCGGGCAGCGGUUGGACGAUGGCGAAUUUCAGAGCGGUAGUCUUGAAAAGGGUCAAAUCAGUGGCUUCCAGGGCACACGAAAGGGAGUGGAGAGAGGGUGAGAAAGCUGGUGAUGCGAGAAAAAAGCUCACGCAUCGCUUUGGCUGAAUGCUCUUUGAUACGCGCCGGCAGAUUUAGACGUCUCAAUGACGAGAGCAGUGACGUGCCUAGUCCUUUGCGUCUCAGUGGUGAGCUGGUUGCAGCCUUCCUGCACCUAUUGAGCCCGAGCGCUCAUACAUUUUGCGCAUGUCACAGACCUCCCAAGAAGCCGCUUCCCGCCGUCUGGCAAAAAUCCCUUUGGACAGCUCUCUGCCGGCGGCACUUUCCGGCCGGCAGGCAAGGAUCUCGAUAGUCCUGGAGCCGAUAGACGGGUACGUGCCUCUUCAGAGCGAUGCCUGAUACCCUGCAGUCCGACUUACGCCUUCACCCGCGUGCGACAUAGUUUGGUGGUUCACGUCGCGAUGGGUCGUCAACGACGCCACUCGAGGAGCGUGGUUCUCGUGGUGCGCGUGCAAAGGAAAUUCGCGAAACAGACAGAUCAGCUUCUGGAAGGGAUUUUGGCGGCUUGCGUGAGAAGCGAAGGACUCCGCGCAGCGAAGCGAUGAAUGGUGCUGAGGACGACGGAGGCGAGUGGGAAAGCGUUCCUCGAAGUCCGGAAACAGAAAGGAGGCUCAGAGCAGCGGCACAGCGGGAAGCAGAUUCUGCAAGUGAUUGGCGAAGAGGCGGAGCACUAGCGGCUCCGCGCUCCGCUGGCUUGAACCCACCCAGGAGCGCCUUGGGUCGCGAUCGCAGAGACGAGAGGGGCGUGGACUCUGCUCGGAAGAAUGCUUUCCCGUCCUGGAUGGCUGAAGACGCUGAACCCAGCUGGAUGAAUGAUGACGAAUCCAGCUCCACUCCUCAAUCCGCUCGCUUGCCUUCGACUGGCUCGACAAUGCCAACGAGCGCCCCUGCACGCAAAGUGUCCGACAAUGAACUUCCAACCAUUGGUUCUGCUUCUGGUAUGGACAGUAUACAGGCUUUCAGAGCUCAAAUGAAAGAGAAAGAGAGACUCGAAAAGGAGAAACUCGACGCUAAUGCAGGUUCCGGAGCAAAUGGCGCAAGACCAGCGCCACCGGGAUUAGCACGGCCCGCUGCGGAGAGAUCCGUUUUCGGCACUUCCAGGGUCACAGAAGACGCAUCUGAUAAGCCAGAGACAUCCUCAGCGCCGGUUGACGCUAAAAAGCCGAGUGAGGAUGGAGAGACUAUGGCAAGCAGUGGCACAACUCAGCGUGGGGCGGCCGAACAGACGAACACGGCGAGCUUGGCUGCUGGCCCACCAGGUCUUCCUGGUCGAUCGAGUCGCUUUGCGCGGUUCUUUGACGGCAAGCCUCGCGAUCCACAAGCUGCUGCUCUAGCUGCCCAACAACGCUUCACGGAGGCUAAAGCGGUCGACAUGACAUCCAGCGCAGCACCGUCCGUCGAACCAAGCAAUUCUGCAUCUGCUGGGCAAUCUCUGAGUAUGGCUGAUCUUUUCAAGAGUGCUGGCGCACCCAGCUCCCCGGCGACUGACUACCGCGAGGAGGCCGCUUCUGGCAAGCGUGAUGGGCAAGCUACGGCGCCGGUACGGCCAGGACAGUCGAACGCUCCUGAGCGAUCAGCGGUGAAACAGCCUUCUCGCGAGGAUAUCGCAUCAAUGGAGAAGAUUAUGGCCCUUCUCAGUGCUGGAGGGGGAGCCAACCGUCCAGAAGGCGAUGGACCCCAGAAUCACGCCCGUGACCAGUCAAGCGGUGGCGGCGGGAUUGCCGCGCUACUCGCAAGUGGUGGUCGCACCCAACCCGAUGCUCCUCUGGACAGGUCACCACGGGUCCCUGCUCAUUCUGGCGCCCAAGAGCGCCCAACGACCGAACACCGCGUGGACGGAUUGAGCUCGUCACCCGCCUUUGCCCAUCUCUCUGGUCCUACGCACAGUGCCAACAGCAACAGUGGGCCGCACCAAAGCCAGACCGAUCGUCAUUCAGCUCAUAAUCGCAUACCUCUUCAGCGAGAAGAGCUGAGCGGUCAUCAGCAGAGUCCCCAAUUCAGCUUUAUUCAGCGCGCGCCAGGUGAGCCCAACGACGCUUACACUCAACAACACCAACAGCCUCACCAGCGUCUUGCCAGCAACCAGACUCCAUCUGGUGGGCCUAUGAUGUCUCCUUCGCUGGGUGGUCCUCCACUCCCUCCUGGAUUUCCGUACAGCGGCGUCUCGCCUCAACAGCACCGAUCGGACCACAUGUACGGUGGACUGCCUUCGCCUGGCAAUGGCAAUUCGGCAGCGCCACCUUCGGGUGUUGGAGGGCCUGAUGGUCGAUUCUCCUUCGGCGUAGACCCGAGGAUGAUGGGUCGGCCGGGUUCAGGAGGGCCGAUGGGGCCCCACAGCCUGCCACCUGGACUGCCCCCACACAUUGCCGCUGCCCUUAGUGCUGGCGCCAUGGGACCAAGACCGCCGAACAUGCCAGGCUUUCCUGGGAAUGGAGCCGGAGGGCCAGGUCGACCACACAUGCCGCCACCCCCGCCUCCUGGCCUGUUGGGCGCACUGCCGCCGCACAUUCAGCAGCACAUCAUGAGCCUACCACCUCACGUGCAGCAUCAAGUCCUUUCCCAACAUUUUGGAAAGGGACCUGCGCCUGGACCUGGUCCGAUGCAAUCGCCCAUGAUGCCACCUCACCAGGGCGCUUCGUCACACCACCAACACCCAGGUUCGUUCGCGGGCGAAGGGGCUAGUGGCGGUCCCCCGGUCUCUACACCUCCACCAUUCGGUCACUCACCUGGCUCUGGUCAUGCCAUGCCAUCGCCCGGAGGCCAGCAACCGAUGAACGCUGCCAAUCUGAUGGCUAUGCUGGGGCAGCGACCCAGCGGAGGCUCGGCUUAA